UUGGCUUUUUAGUGGUAAUGAUUUUGUUGUGCUUAUUCUUUUUGUCAUGCAAAGAUGGUAACAUAAUGUGCAUGCCUUUCUCUUUCCUUUUUUGAGAGCUUUUAUGUUUCAUAGAAUACAUCUCAAUGGAUGGAAUGAAACCCAUCAUUUGAUUUUUCAUAAUACAGUGAACCCACUAAAAAGUUUCCUUUGAUUGCGCAAUUAAUCUUCCCUGUUCAUGUAAAAGCCCCAAAAAAAUUCAAUCUUUUUUCCUUUUUUUAACCUUUUAGGGUUCCUAAUUCCUAUAGUUCUUGUGGCUGGUUUGAGGGAGUGGAGACUUUAAAUUGUUGUAUUUAAUCGAGAGAGAGGAUUAUGGAAUGAUUAGAGGUUGAAUUAGAGAAGCCAAGCAUGGGUUGGAGUAAUUAUUGGAUUAAAUUUGCAUUGUCAAACUGCUUUUCAUAUUAUUCAUAUCCCUUUUUGUGGCAAAGGGUGUGGGAAUCUGAUCUCCCAAAUUUCCGAUUUCUCUGAUGAAAUUAAGGCGAAGAAAAUGUAUACCUUCUUGUGCCUCUCACCAAGGAGUUGAUGGAGAUGAACUUUACUGGGACGGGAAGAAACGAGACAAAGAAUCAGCAUGGUCACAUAAUUCUGCUCACGUAAUAUCACAGUUAGCUCAGUGCUUUACUAAUGCUAUGGUUGGACCACGAUCAUGGGUAGGAGGAUUCUUUAGCCGCGCCAACAAUAGAAGAUUUGGAAGCUCCCAAUUUCUCGACUACAAUUUGACCCCUAUGCAGGAAGAAAGACUACAAAGCCUUAAACAACGUCUAGGAGUACCUUAUGAUGAGACGCGGAGCGAACAUCAGUCUGACUCCAUUGCCAGGAAGCUCUUCAAGCCUUGUGGGAUGCAGCCUUCCCGGAUGUUAAGCUUAAAGGUCUGGUAUCCGAGCAGUGGAAAGAUAUGGGCUGGCAGGGAGCAAAUCCGUCGACUGAUUUCAGGGGCUGCGGCUUCCUCUCACUCGAGAACUUGCUAUAUUUCGCCCGAACUUACCCGGUUACUUCUAAAGAAAGCUGGAGAGCGUUCGGAAUGGGAAUACCCUUUUGCUGUCGCUGGCAUUAACGUUUCAUUCAUGCUGAUUCAGAUGCUCGACUUGCAUUCAGAAAAGCCCAGAUGUCUUCCCGGAUUUAACUUUCUCACAUUAUUAGGAGAAGACGAAGAUGCAUUCGACAUCCUCUAUUGUAUCGCUUUCACGAUGAUGGACGCUCAAUGGCUUGCCAUGCAUGCUUCAUACAUGGAGUUCAAUGAAGUGCUGCAAGUAACAAGAACACAAUUGGAAAGAGAAUUGUCUUUAGAAGAUGUUCGUAGAAUACAGGAUUUGCCAGCUUAUAACUUUUUGUUUCAGUAGUUAUAUAUACAUAUAUAUAUAAAUUCUUCUUCUAUUUGCUCUGUUUUCAUGGUGUAUGUAGAGAUGCACCGGGCAGAUCAGUUUACCCGGUGCAGCAUUUUCCGUCUGUUUCGGGCUUAAGCUCGAUACAAGACGAGUCGGAUCAUGUGGAUGCCUGCGGAUGUGACAUUGGAUGUAAAUCUUUAAUUCAUCAGUUGUAGCAUCUAUGAGAUCGAGGCAUCCGAUGUACAAUACAUGACAUCUUAUCAUUGUAGGUGCGGUCUUUCUGUUGUAAAUUUAUCAUAAAAAGAUAACACGCUCGUACAAUAAUUCCUUCAUCUUUGA